AUGUGGCUUGAAGGUGGGAUUGUAACCAAGGUUCCUCCUGUCCAGACAGAGAGGACCAUGACAACCACAACUGCAGCUACUACAAGAAAACCAACCAUGGAAAAGAGCGGUAGCACUGGCGGAGAAUCCCUCCUGUUGUCUUCCACCACCACCAGGUUGUAUUCCACAGCCGAUGGGACGGAAAUGGAUCUUCCCUACAACAAUGACAUGGGCGUUUCUUCUUCUACCGAGGAUCAGCAGUCGUUUGCAGUCCACCCCGAUGAACCCAACUUGUACCAAAUUCCAGCUGGUUUGCACCCAAUCUACCAACCAUUGCCCGUCAUGUUACAAGUCACAGUUUGGUUGGUGUCGGCCGUGACUGCUGCUCUUUGGACAUACUAUCGAAAGCAACAAAAAUUAACUUGGGUGAGUCCCCUGGUGGCCCUGGCCAAUAAUCAAGUGAGCAUCAAAAGACUGUUGGGUUUUGUGGUCAAAACACUUGUCAUGGCAACAGUGAGCCAGACGCUCCUGCAAGAAUUGCUGACACCACCCACACGGAUCGCAACACAAGAUUUGAUCCGCAAGUACAUUCUACCCUCCAAGUUGUCCCAAUUUGAAUCCGUGCCACUCCAACUCCCCAGUGCAACCGAUGGUACUACCAGCACUACUACUACUGACUUGGGGGUACAUUACCUCCAGUACCAGCAACAACAAACAACUCAAUCACCGCAGCCACAAUUCCAAGCGCUGUAUAUGAAUCAUGGAUUUGGUGCUUCGUCGCUCUCCUGGCUACCGGUUCUUCCUCGCAUGGUGGAUCGUUUGCGGACACGAGUGGGAUUGGGCCAUGAUGCGGUAGGAUUUGGAUUCACUGAUCGACCCGCCACAAAGUCGGCUUUUACGCCCACGGGAUCUGCUGCCAUUGGAACGUCACUGUUGCAGCCCAAAUUGCUACAUGCUGAAAAUAGUGAUGAUGAUAAACCCGUCCUCUUGAUGGGACAUUCCAUGGGAUCCUUGGCCACAUUGCAAAUGGCACUGUCCUUGCCAUCCAACACUCGAAAAUGGGUUGUUUUGGUAGCUCCAGCGCUGGGAAUGAGACCAACCAUAAAGGACAAUAGGAAACAGAGCAAGGGUCCCCUGAAAUGGGUAUCGCAGGGCUUUGCCAAGGGAGGCAGUGCCAUUGGUCGAUACGGCCUCCGGAGACUUGUGGGGGGCAAAAACUUUUGGCGCAAAGGAUUGGAGACGGUAUGGGGAGAUUCCAAAAGACUUUUGGAUGGAGAUGUUUUGCGGUUUCAGUGGCCAGCCAUUGGUCUGGGCUGGGAAGAUGGGAUGCUCCGGUUUACGCAAGCCAUGGCAACAGAACCGACAACCUUGACAGAUCAGGAACUAGUGGAACAAGUUUUGAAUGCUGACAGCAAUGCGGUCAUUACCGUAAUUGUGGGCGGCAAUGACAAGGUGGUGUCCAGCAAGGUGGUCCAAAACUUUUUGGCCCCCUAUGGUGAUCGCAUCCGCAUUGUGGAAAUGGCAGGGCUGGGACAUGAUCCCUUUGAAGAAGAUGUGGACGGAUUCAUCAAUCUACUGGAACAGCUGCUGGAAGAAGACAAGGAAAGAAUAUUGAUAAACCAAUAG